AAUGUCGAAGGAAAUUACCCCUGCUGAAUUCAGCAAUUAAAACUCAAGUAGUUAAUGAGACCUUUUCACCUUCUGCGCGACGUUUGUGACGACCUUACUCGUUUAAUGGCAGUUAUUAAAUAAAUCAGUUCUCUGCCUGCUUUUGAUUGACAGGCAAAUUGCGGUGCGGCGUUUUAACGGCGCAGUUUGCUGGCGCUCAACAACAUAAUGCGCACGUGGAGGAUUAGUUCAAGGGUUGUCUGUUUUUGGAGGUAAUGGCGAUCCUUCUCUCCUAUUUUUUUCUUUUCUCGUUGUCAUGGUGAAAAGUGAAGGGCAUGAUAUUUAUGGGAUGGCGUAGUGCGCGUUUAGUGCAGCUGCGACAGUUUGUCCGGAGCGUCAUGUGCGAGGACUGCAAAGAAGUGCGCACGGAGGACAGGACGCGCGACUUGGCUGCGCUGCCGGAGGUUUUGGAUGAAGACUCGUCGUCGGUGCAGCCGAUGUCCUCUGCGCCGCUCUUGGGCCGAACACUGUGCGCAAAUUGCAACGAGGAAAUUGUGGAUAAAUACUUAUUGAAGGUUAACGACUUGUGCUGGCACGUGCGCUGUCUGUCGUGCAGCGUGUGUCAGACUGCACUCGGCGGACACAGCAGCUGCUACAUCAAAGACACAGAGGUUUUCUGCAAACUGGAUUACUUCAGAUUCGGCACGUGGUGCGCGUGCUGCGGCCGGAACAUCCACUCCACGGAUUGGGUCCGCCGGGCCAAGGGGAACGUGUACCACCUGGCCUGCUUCGCCUGUUUCUCCUGCAAGAGACAGCUGUCCACCGGGGAGGAGUUCGCCCUGGUGGAUGACAAGGUUCUGUGCAGAGUCCACUAUGACUGCAUGCUGGACAACCUGAAGCGGGCCGUAGAGAAAGGAAAUAGAGUUAACAUGGAGGGAGCCGUUCCUACAGAACAGGAGAUAAACCAACCCAAACCCUCCAAGAGAGCGCGGACCAGCUUCACUGCCGAUCAGCUGCAGGUGAUGCAGGCCCAGUUUGCUCAGGACAACAACCCAGAUGCACAAACGCUGCAGAAACUUGCGGAGCAGACGGGCCUCAGUCGGAGAGUUAUACAGGUCUGGUUCCAGAACUGUCGAGCACGCCACAAGAAGCAUGUGAGCCCAAACCAUGCUUCCAGCACACUCUUGAGCUCGCUGCAGCCCACGGAGAUGCCCGAGGAGCUGCAUUACGCUGCCUACGGAGGGCCGGAGGGAUCCAUGCUGUCUGCACUUCACUCCUUUAUAGACAUACACUCUCCUCCGUCCAUGUUCCAGCCGCUGCUGCCAGGUCACGCCAUGACCUCUCUGCCUGUGUCGCACACCUGAGCUGCUCAAACGCGCGCACGCAGUCGACUGCACC